UCAUACACCUCGUAGUGCCGAGCUUUUGGCGCCUUCAGUCGUGACUCGUCUUCCGUUUGUCGAGGACGUUGUCGUCUAGUGAAGCCUCUUCCGUGCGUUCUCCGCCACUUACAAAUAGAGGUGAAGUGCUAUUUUAUACGCGAACUCGUGGUCACUCUGAACGCCAACUUUUCAAUUAGACAUACUAAGUCUGUAAGUGAAAACACCAGAUAGAACGUGAGUCAUUGCUAGUGGCGCGAUUAGAACUUUACUUUGGUUGAAAUCGUUUCAAUGUGGAAGUUCGCUAUUAGUUGAAGACAUCGAAUCGGAUCCACACACACACACGCAGCACAAUUUUCAUCCGGUUGAACACAACUCUUUCGGACUGAUUAAUUUUUCUGCCAUCGCAACUUCUCCCAGCUAACAGGUUCCGAGGAAUGGAUUACAGACAGCACGAGGUCAUCAGCCGGGCCAAAUCGUUAAGGCAGCGCUUCGCCGACAGUCGUACGGGCACGUCGUCUUCCAUGUCAGCGUCACAACUGAUAUCUGCCACUAGAUGGCAGUCGCAUCACCACCACCAAUUUCUGCCUGAAACAACGGCUCUCGGAAGCGAUGCUGUAGCUUCGUUAAGACCGCAAUCCUCGGACGUGCCUACACCAGCCGGAAGCAAAAGUCCUUCUCCAUCCAGGACGUCAAUUAAAUCGAACGAGAAGCGGCCGUCUUCCGUCUCGUGGAUGAUGACUAAUCCGCGAAGUCAUUGCAGUCGGCCAGGUACACCCACGGCUGGACAUCCAGUCGACAGUUGCGCCAUCUCGUCUGCAGUUGCGUCAGCAGCUUCCCUGGCCGCAGCCACUGCCUCUUCCGGCGCCCAACAGGUCCGCCAAAUGUCGGACGAUUUUCAGGCCGAUCUCGUCGUCGAACCUUCCUAUCUCUACAACAGCAGUAAAGUGAACUGGAAUCGACGUGGAGUCCUGACCAGCUUCAAAUCCAAAUCACUGGAUUUGUUAGGCACGUCGAGGAUCCUUCCGCCGCAUCAUCAACAUCAAGAACGACAUCGGGUGACCGAUGAAAGCUUACCUGGACGGGAUGCGGCGGCAGAACGUCGCCGUCGGCUCUUUCGUCGCAAAAAAGCCAAUUCGGCCUCGUGUUCUUACGACGAAUCGCCGUCCGGCUCUCAGCAAUCGCGCAGCAGUUCGGUGGAGAGCAACCAUUCUACCCAGCACGCCAUCCAGCGUGGGCUGGAAGCGGCUUUGAAAACAUCGACCCUGUUCGCUUGGAGCUCCGUCGAGGCUUCGUCAGCCAAUCAGCAUCUACUCCAGCAGACUAACCCGCCAUCUUUCGUCGAACUAUUGGAAGAUCAGCUGAAAUCCGGACCUGAGAUGACAAGGAUCGAGCACUUGAGCGACCUACACUAUCCAGACGCAGAUCCGCCCUGUCAUUUUUGCAGCAAUCAAUCGAGCCUGUCUAUCCACGACAGCAAUCGGCUCAAAAUAGUCUCUGGAGGAAGAGUCCGUGGACGAGAUGGCAGCCGAGAGUCCAUCAACCCACCCUACAUCAAUUUACCAUCACCCAACGUCCAAGACGAUGAACACGAAUUGUUUCCUGGACAAUCCCUUUCAGGCAACUGCCAUCACCAGCCGCCGGACGGCAGUGGUAGCAUGGCCGGGAGUAUCGGGAGCGGCUGCCGGCGUUCGAUGACAACGACUGCUGCCGACGAUGAAGAAACUGAACCUCCCGCUUCGGUACUUACACGUCGACGGGCGCUCGUCCCACCCAAAAUUCCACCUUACAACAUGGACAGUAGCGAAGACACGGAGCACAGCGCCGACAAAGAAACAUCAACCAGCAGUUGCACGGAGAACGAUGGCAAUUGCAGCGGAAGCGUGGGCGGAGGCUCGUGCGGUUCCGGAAGUUCGGGCAAUUCGCGGACGCACCAGAGACGCAGCUCCUUCGUCGUCAUUCCGCCCAUGCAGAUCUGCCCGGGAGAUCUGCUCGUCUACAGCAAAGUGCUCACUCAGCGUAACAGUGUUCUGGAUUGGGACGGAUCGACUCAGAGCCUCGCCGGAGAUACGGAUGCUGCUUCCAGCGCGGCCCGCAAACAAAAAAACAGCUGGUCCUUGCUCAAAUUGUUCGACAGGUCGGGCCGCACUAAAUCCGAGAGUCUCUCCGGCCUUGAAGAGGUAUUGACUUGUCUGCAGCCGUCCAAUUUUUUCGACGAUCAGCUGUCCCGCUACAGAGGCCUCUGCUGGACGGACUUCCUCACCACCGUCCAACAGCAAAAAACUCUCAAUAAAGCCACGAAAUCGACGCUGACUUCGACAACUGAAGAGGCGGCCACAUCGCCAGUCGCCGGAAGGGCACCAAUCAUCCAGUUUCCGGGCGGCACGUCAACGACCCAACCCACGCGUAAUGUGUUGGUCCGUCAGGCUACUCAUCAAGAUUACUCGUCCCGAAUCAAGGAAUGGACGCAAGAGAAGAGGGCGAGGUUCGGAUUAGUGAGAACGAUGAGCGAGCGUUGCCUCGAUCGUAGAUCGGUGAUCCAAGAGGUUCUUCCCGUCGAAGAGAUUACGCAAACGGCUGAAGAAAAGGACGUCCACAUCACGACGGCCAACGUCAGCGAAAUUACUUUCUCCUUCGAACAGCCACCGCCUUGCGCGCCCACUUCCGGCCAGAAAUGCGAACUCAGGGGAAGAGAGGCACUUUGGGAUCUCUUCCAGAGCGAAUGCGCUUUCCUUUACGACCACCUUAUGGUCCUCAAAAACGUGUACAUGGACCCGCUCAAAAAGAUCCAGGUGGAAGGAUACGCCAUGUUUGCCGAACCCGAGUUGCUUUUCGGCAACCUGGAUGAAUUGUGCUGUGUGACGUAUAGUUUCUGCAAAGAAUUCAUCAGUUUGUUGCUGCAUCACGCACAGCCAGGAGGUGGUGACACGAAAACGACGCACAUCCUCACCAAACUGUUUCAAAAGAGUUCCAAAGCUCACGUUCUAUCACAAGCCUAUCAUCGAUACGCACUCAAUUAUAUAAACGCCUUGAAUUACUUGGAAACUCUUCGGAGGCACAUGGAAUUUUGCGAAUUUGAAAAGUGGUGCAACAGAGAUCCGAGAUGUAAGAAACUGCAACUGACGGAUCUGUUGGUGGCCCCCGUCCAGCACAUCAUGAAAGUGCCGCUGCUGCUGCGCGAAAUUGAAUCGCGGACAGAAGACGUGCUGGAGAAAGAGGCCAUAUUAAAGAUCCUGGAUAAAGAGGAAGCCAGUCUCCGAGAAUUAGACGACAAAAUGAAAUGGCUCAAGAAUUUCGAGCGCUUGCUCGAGAUACAGCGCAGUCUCGUCUGGCCCAGUGUGCUCGACAUUGAACCCAAAGUGGUGGUGCCCGAAUUCCUCAAGACACCGCUAGCCAAACAGCCUUGCGAAAGAUUGAUCGUAUCUCCUCGCCGUCAGAUCGUGUUGGAAGGUCCACUCAGCUUACUGGACACGGGGCGACCAAUCGAUAUGCACGUCAUCCUCUUUGACGAUAUGCUCCUCAUCACGCGCAAAAAGAAGGGCCUCGGCAAGAAGAAAUCAUCGUUGAGUGAGAACUGGACAGCUCCGUGCAGUAGUCGCAGUUGCUUAACGUCAGACCCGUCGGGUUGUUGGCGCUACAUUGUUUACAAGCAACCCUUGUCUUUGGAUCGUUUCUUCCUGCACGAGAUCAACGUCCACGAAGCGGCUGCUGCCAAAUUAGAAAACGGCUUCGUCAUUAUAAGUCUCAAUCGCUUUCAGCAAAUUAUCGGCGUCCAUACGUUCCAGGCCAGCUCUGAACAAGUCAAGCAAACGUGGCUGUUGAAGAUCAGAGAAACUCAGGACCAUUGGAAGCGGACGUUACAGACGACCGUGUUUCGAGCUCAAGGAAGGACGUUGUCGCAGUCUCCGUCAACUAUUCCACAGCACGCAGUGUCGCCGAACGCAGCGCCAUCCAAGUUUUGAAAAGACUAUCCUUUCUUCUUCUUCUUCUUCUCAUCGUUCUCCUCCAAUUUAUCGGAAACUGUCACCCACCAAAGGUUUACUCUUCCAUCUUCACUCAAUGGAUCCAUCACCGUUAUAUUAUAUAGAAAUACAUAAAUAUUCCUACACUUGAAUGUGAUUCUACUGGAGAAUGUAACAAAGAAUCAGAGAGAUGCUGCUCUUAGUUGUCCAAUCAUCAAUGUUUGUCUGUCUUUCUCUUUUCGUUUUAUUGAAAAAGAAAAAAAAAUUUUAAAGACAACUUUUUGUUUUGUUUUUAAUUCUAUUGUUACCCAUUUUACCUGUCCUCUUGUUAAAAUAAAGAAACAUUGAAAUCUGUCAUCCAUUCACAUUCAUCGGAUUCUUACAACUUAAGUUGACCUUCUCAUACCCUCCAUUUUCGUUAUCAUCUGAUUUUUGUUGAUGUUAUCUCUUUGUUUUCUAUUACUUUACUGUUUAUAAAUAUAAAUAUAUUACAAAGA